UCUCUAUAAUCUUAGUCUUUGCCUUCUUCAUACACAAUCAAAUAAAGGAUAACUAUGUCUGCUUUCGAGGACCUACUCGUCGCGUCAAUGCUGUUAUUCCAAGAUGUGCACUUUCCAACUUAAUCUCUAAGGAGACUUUGAUGGAACCUUCUAAUGGUUAUGUUGUGGGCGACGGUUGUGUGUUUGGUGCUGAAGUUUUAGUCAUCAGAAGCGAACGUGUUAACGAAUGUCUGAGGUUGGUUGGAGAUGCGGCUUCAGUUGAACACGAAUGGACGAUUUCUGACAUUUCUAAUCCGGAUGGAGUUUUGUGUUCGGAAGAGUUCGAUGUUGGAAAUUACAAAUGGAACAUUGUUCUCUAUCCAAACGAAGAUUCUUCAGUGUCAAGAAACCGUUACUUGUCCAUGUUUGUUGCCCCAAGGGGCAUCCCUCCUCAUCAAAGGGUGAAGGCUGAGGUUUUUAUUAGUGUCAAAACCCGGCUCAAUGAUUCCGUCUUCUCUAAAAAAUGUACAAAUUGGUUUACAUCUUCAUGUGAAGAAUGGGGAUAUCCUGAGUUUGUAUCGACUGCUGAUGUGAGCGCUAAAAGCUUCCUUGUCGACGACUGUUUUUCUGUGGAAGUCGGAAUCACGGUGCAAGCUGUUGUGCUUGAAGCACCUGAAAUCUAGCUACUUUAAAUGUUGGUGUUUUGCUCUUAGAAAAAAAUUGGAUGGUUUAUUUUGAAAAGAUGAUCUUUGCUAUUUAAACCUAUUUGGUAAUGGUAGCCUUGUUGGGAUUAGCCAUUUUAGAUGAAUUACAAGGUUUAAGUUUUUGUCUAAGUUGAUAAGGGUGAUGUUUAUUAA